UACUUCUUCAUCACUGCCCCCCUUUUUUAAAGAAAAAAACUUCUUUUUCAAAAAAGGCAUCUCCCCAAUAUCAUUCUAUUCCAAUCUCUUUGAGAAAUCUUUGUUUCUAACCAGUUCAUCUUUGUGAGAGAAAGAAAGAAUAAUUAAAAAGACAAGACACAAAAAAGAAUAAGAUUGUGAAAAAGAUGACGACAGCCAUUCCUUUCCCAUUGCGAGAGCCACAUCAAGUAGAUGCAGGCUCCCAGCCAUUCCAUCCAAACCUCAGUGUAAAGCUUAUAUGUCCUGAUUGCCGUGUUGAUCCUCCUCAAAUUGUUGAAGAGUUCGCAUCUGGGGAUCUUGUCUGUGGUGAAUGCGGACUUGUGCUUGGCGAUCGUAUUAUUGAUACUCGCUCAGAAUGGCGAACAUUUGCCAACGAUGAGGGAGAUGACCCGUCUCGAGUAGGUGCAGCUGCCAAUCCUUUGUUGGACGGCAACCAGUUGGACACAAUUAUCUCACGGAUAGACGGUGGGACUGGAGCGGCUAGGGAUCUCAACAGAGUUCAUGGGCGAGCUACAGCAGUCAGGGGAGAGCGUAACCUUGUUCAGAUUUACAAGGAGAUCAGUGCAAUGUGCGACUCGAUUUCUUUGUCAAAAUUGGUGAGCGAUACCGCAAAACAGCUCUACAAGCGAGUAGAGGACGAGAAGUUGUUGAGAGGAAAGUCCAGCGACGCUAUUGUAGCAGCAUGUAUCUUUAUUGCCUGUCGUCAAGAGAAUGUUGGACGUACAUACCGCGAGAUCUGUGCAUUGACCCGUGUGACUAAGAAGGAAAUUGGAAGAUGCUACAAGGCCUUGCAGUCUAAGCUACAGACAAACACAACCAUCAUGAACUCAGAGGAUUUGAUGUCGAGAUUCUGCUCUAACCUCCAAUUACCCAACUACGUCCAGAAAUCUGGUGUCGACCUUGUUAAGAGAGCCAAGGAGCUUGGUACUCUGGCCGGAAAAUCACCUAUUUCGGUUGCUGCUGCAUGUAUUUAUCUGGUGUCUUACCUAUUUCGGCAACCUAAAACUGCACGUGAUAUCGCUCAUGUUGCGGGUGUAUCGGAGGUGACUAUCAAGACUGCUUACAAGUCGCUAUAUGCUGAAAAAGAGCGCUUGAUAAACUUGGAGACUCUGUACAGUUCACAAAUAACCGAUAUCACAUUUGAAAGCCUCGUCUUACCUUGAUCAUACCAUUCUUCCCUGCCCCCCUUAAUACUCAUAACCGAAGAAUUCAUUUGAUUAGACUUAUUUGACUUGAUUUGGAUUCUCCUUAUAUAUUAUGAAUGCAAACGCUAGCUUUGUUAUAAUCUACGCAAUUAAACGUGGAAUUUGAACUUUUUUAAACAAACUUUGGUGUGUAUAGACAACUUUGUAAUACAUGUGUACACACAUUACACUGAAGCCAAAGUAUUCUUUUUUUUUAUAGAAAUAAAUUCCCCUUAACAUUUU